AUGCGCUUGAUAAUUCGAGAACGUCCGGAGCAGGUGGCACAGUUUAUCGCCACGUAUAUUGUUAAACGGCCAUUUGUGCUAGGAUUACCGACAGGAAGUAGUCCACUUCCUAUAUACCGGGCUUUGAUUGCCGCACAUAGUCAGGGUGAUGUUUCAUUCCAACAUGUUGUGACGUUCAACAUGGAUGAGUAUGUUGGCCUCCCACGAGACCAUCCUGAAUCUUACCACUCGUUCAUGUACAACAACUUCUUUCGUCACAUCGACAUUGAUGUGAAUAAUGUUAACAUUCUGGAUGGCAACGCUGCCAGUCUAACAAGUGAGUGCCUUGCGUAUGAAGCCAAAAUCAAAGCUCUUGGUGGAAUUGAGCUCUUUCUGGGUGGUGUGGGUAGCGACGGACACAUUGCGUUCAAUGAGCCUGGAUCUAGUCUGGUCAGUCGGACUAGAGUCAAAUCCCUCACAUAUGAGACAAUUCUUGCCAAUGCACGCUUCUUCGGUGGCGAUCUUGACUCAGUGCCACGCAUGGCGCUCACUGUUGGCGUGCAGACUAUCAUGGACGCCAGGGAGGUGGUAAUAAUAGCAACCGGGAGCUCGAAAGCGCUGGCAAUUCAGCAGGCGGUUGAGGGUGGUGUCUCUCAUAUGUGCACUCUUUCUUCCCUGCAGCUUCACCCAUCUAGCAUGGUUGUCGUCGAUGAGGACGCCACUUUAGACUUAAAAGUCAAAACCGUCAGAUAUUUUGCCGGGGUGGAACGGACUAUCCUCCAGAAAGGACUGAGCAACGAGAGUCCGCCGGCGCUUAGUCUGGCCACCUCUGGCACUGGAGCUUGGAAAGAGCCCGAGGAUGGAGAGCUUACUCCAGACAGCAUGUCAUCACGCAUUGGACCGUUAAAGCCAUUAAGUUUGCGAUCUGUGACUAUGCCAUUCUCACCAGCUUGA